AGUUAUUUCUUUACAGAACACUUAGGACAGCAAGUGUUGGAUAAAGGGCGCAUGCGUCCCCUCACCGUCUUGUUGUCUCCGCUGCUGAUUCCUCUCGAAAGAAACCUUUCAUCCAAACGGGUCUCAAAAUCUAAAUGCAAGGCCGCAUUUUUCUCAUCUGGAGAUCCAUGUACAGUAUUUCUGUUUAAUUUAAUUGUAUAAUCCUCUGUUCAAUUGCUGUUUCUGGAAAUGGUGGCUAUUCAGUUCAAUCGUUGGGAGACAGUGUUAGCUGUCUCUGAUGGUUGUUUUUGAAAAUUCACCGUCUGUAGAUAAGUAAUCGGUGAAGUAUGCUUCUCUUUCAUAUUUUGGGGAUCAAACUGGGGUGGUGGAUUUCAUAAAUCAUGGAGUUUCAGCUUUUGAGGUAUCUGGGUUUCGUUAAUUAGAGAUUAUUUGCUUCAAUCAGAUGGGUAAAAAUUAUACAUUUGGGAGCAAAUCCAUGUAGAUUUGAUCAGACAUUUCGAACUACUGGGUGUUUAGUGAGGCAACGAUUGAGGCGGCAUAAUGUCUAUUAAGAGUAUGUUUCAAGACUUGAAGGCUGAGCUUGGGAGCAUAUCCAGCAGAGGAUUUGACAUUAAGUUUGGAUAUGGGGUUCGAUCCAGGUCACAGCGUGUGGUACGGGAUAGUUCAGUGACACUAGUUGAUGCAUUUAAGCAGAGCUGUUGGGCUAACAUGCCACCGGAACUUUUGAGGGAUGUGCUCAUGAGGAUUGAGGCUUCCGAGAGUUCUUGGCCUCCACGGAAGAAUGUAGUUGCUUGUGCUGCUGUCUGUCGAAACUGGAGAGAAAUUAUGAAGGGAAUUGUGAAAAUACCAGAAAUUUCGGGCAAGUUGACGUUCCCAAUCUCCUUGAAGCAGCCUGGUCCUAGAGAUUCCCUUCUGCAGUGCUACAUAAAACGAAAUCAUAGCAAUCAAACAUAUUAUCUUUACCUAAGCUUAAAUGGAGCUUCAUAUGAUGAUGGCAAGUUCCUUCUUGCUGCACGGAAGUGCCGGUGGGCUACUUGCACCGACUACAUCAUCUCAUUAAACUGUGAUAGUGUGUUUAAAGGGAGCAGCACAUAUGUCGGAAAAUUGAGAGCUAACUUUCUGAGAACUAAGUUCACAAUCUUUGAUGCCCAGCCUCCAUAUCCUGGGACUGGAGUAUCCAAAUGUCGCUCCGUAAGGUUAGUUAACAUGAAACAAAUCUCCCCUAGAGUCCCUGCUGGCAAUCAUCCUGUCGCCCACAUCUCAUAUGCAUUAAACGUCUUGGGUUCGAGAGGUCCUAGGAGAAUACAAUGUGUCAUGGAUGCCAUCCCUUACUCUUCUAUUGAACCUGGAGGAGUCGCCCCCACACCCACCGAGUUUCUACUUAGUAGUCUGGAUACCUUUCCGUCCCUUCCUUUUUUCAGAUCAAAAUCAAUCCGCACAGAUUUUGAAUCUGGACCUUUGCCUGUCCAAGGAGAGGGAAUGCUUGUGUUGAAGAACAAGGCACCCAGGUGGCAUGAACAGCUGCAGUGCUGGUGUUUGAACUUUAAUGGACGAGUUACGGUUGCUUCAGUGAAGAAUUUCCAGCUGGUUGCAUCUCCAGAAAACGGGUCCUCUGGGCAGGAGCAUGAGAAUGUCAUACUUCAGUUCGGAAAAGUGGGAAAGGAUGUCUUUACCAUGGAUUAUCGGUAUCCAAUCUCAGCUUUCCAGGCAUUUGCCAUAUGUCUUAGCAGCUUCGACACCAAGAUUGCUUGUGAAUGACAGAAGCUGCUGUUUUUGUUCUCCUCAUGUCUUGUCCUCUUGAUCAUCUACCUGAGAAAUGUGGCUGCUUAUCUAUGGCUAA